AUGGCUUCGCCCAUCGACAACAGCCAGCCGCUGAUGGUGGCCAAGUGUGAUGAUGAGCACGACCUUCCUGGUCCUGCUACCACCACAGGCAAGAAGGGUCCCGUUAUCACGCUUAGACGUGUUCUAGCGGCCUUGAUCAUCCUCUUUUGCCUCCUGGGUACCGCUGGUGUGAUUGUGCUUGGCGUCAAGAUUGCUCAAGGCGAGAAGAAGUACGACACUCUGUAUGAGGAGUUUACCAGCCUGUCCCAGAAAUACGACAUCCUCUCGCGCGCCGACCAUGCUCAGGGCCACCUCCUUGCUGCACGUGGCAUCUUGAAUGAGGAUACUGCUCACACCGAUGAUGGCGUAGUCGUAGUUGCCUCUAAAAACAUCAUCUCCGACAUGGCUACGGUGGGAACCACCAUCAUGGUCACCGUCACCCAGACCGAAGCUGCUCUUGUGAGCCCUACCUCGGCUGAUACGACUAUCUAUGAUGAAACCACCACUGUUGUGAUCACUGUUCCGACCCUGACAGUCACCGACAUCACCACCACUGCCACUGUCACUACGACUGUCUUUGCUUCAUCUCAGCCUCUCGUUUCGUACACCAACCCCUUCGCGACCUCGGCCGUAGCUCCCAUUUCGGCAUCGGCCUCUGAUGUUGGCAGCUGCGAUCUUGUCACCGUUACUGUCUACCUCCCCUGGUCCAUCGGAUCGGAGACUUCCGUCUUCGGUGCCCCCACCGAGAUCACCUAUGAGGUGCCUACUCCCACAGUUGUUGAGAGUCCGAGCCUGGUUGUUAUCCCCACAAUCGUUACCCCUGGCGAGAUCGCCUCUGAGAUGCCCACUUCCACAACCACGGAGGUCCCAACUACGACCCCGGUCCGAGAGAUCAGUGGCGUGCUGCCAAUCUCUGGCAGCCUUGCAUCCAUGACCGAUGCAUGCAGCACCAAGACUGAGACCACCACCACCACAGCCUCCGCCGACCGCGGCCUCGAGACCAGCUCCGCCCUUGCGCUCAUUAGCAACAUCCUCUCGACCGUAUCAGGCACCACCACUUGGACCUCAUACUCGACCGUCGUCGUGACAGUUUCCAAACCCGCAGUCACUGGUGCCCAAGGGAUGCCUCUGCCGCCGCCGCUGGUCACCGCCAGCAGCAUCGGCAGCAUCGGCAGCAUCACCUCGCUCGUUCUCGAUGCAAGCUCUGUGGGCGUUCCAAUGUUCCGCAACAUCACCACCACGACCGUCAAGGGCACCGCACGCAGCUUCUACAACUCGCCGCACCCGGCCCAGUCGACCUAUGUGACUAGCGGGGGCGUCAAGCAAGCUCGUGCUGGCCUCAGCGGCAAUGGUAACGCCAGAUCCGGUACUAUUCACUACUGUGUUGUCAUGCUCGUCGGCUUCCUCGUGAUCAUUGCUUGA